AUGUCUACAGAAUUAGAUUUGCAAAUGAUGCUAUUUGAUCAAUUUCUAAACAGUUCAGAAGCCACAUUGGCCAUUCAAGACACGAGUAUUACGUCAGGGGAUGAAUACGAACAAGCGAAGGACUCAUUUUCCUCACCUCCACUAUUUGCAUCAGACAUGCUGGAUAUGUCGUCGCUAAAUAUGGACUUGUCCUCGACCGACACUACCGCUACAAACACAACUGUCACGACCCCAAGUCAAGACAAUAUACUAUUUAAUGAAAAGUUUCUGGAGUUCAAUUUCACACAAUUUGACUUCAGCAACAAUAGCAACUAUAAAAAGAACAGCUCCCUACAAAAUGCAACACCUUCACCACUACAUAUAAAUGAAGAGGUGAGCAGCCAAAUUCAGAAUGCUGAUCCUAUCGAUCUGAAUAAUCUAUUAAAUUUGAACCCAGACAUGUUUGUGCCUUCACCAACCUCGGGCUCGAUGAACGCUUCACCUCUUUCCACUAACAACAACAGCAACAACUAUGCGUCGAGUGCUGCCACACCGAUCUCUAGCUUAUCUAAGAAGAGAUCAAAAUCGCUAACGGCUACACAAAACAAUAGAGGCUCCAUUCCUAAAAUUAGAGGUAGGAAGCCAUCUCUGCUUUUUGAUGACGCCAAAAUCUUCAAGUGUGAUAUGUGCGAAAGACGAUUUAAGAGACAAGAACACUUAAAGAGACAUGUAAGCUCUUUACACAUGGGGGAGCGCCCAUACUCAUGUGACAUCUGUUUGAAGUCUUUCAGCAGAAGUGACAACCUUAAUCAACACAAAAGAACACACAACAACCCACACCCAAAUAAAAGACGUACUUCCUCUUCUGCAACAGCACCUGAGAAAACUACACCAGCUCACUCUAAUGAAGAUGACUUAAAAUAG